CCAACACACAACAGGAGGAUCCUCCACAGUGGAGCUACUGAAGGUACGUUUUUCAUCAUGGUGACUGUUCAACUAUGCUGGGUUAGCGUACUGUAUGCACUGUCAGGGGCGCUGUCUGCAGUCGUGGUUAAGAUUGUUAAUCUGGGGGGCUCCAUCACCCUCCCCUGUAAACUCCAUGAAGACUCACCUGUGAAGCGGCUGGAUGUGCGCUGGCUGCUGGGUGAACAUGUGGUCAUCAGACUGAACCGAGACCAGAUCAUCUACAGCAUCAGCUACAGGAACAGGACCGAACUACCAGCAGGGGGCGCAGGCCAUGGAGAUUUCUCCCUGACCAUCACACACACACAGCAUGGAGACAGCGGAGUGUAUCGAUGUGUGAUGUUCAGAGAGGAGCAGGAGCUCAAACUCACAGAGCUUCAGCUCUCAGUGGAAGCUCCUCUUUCUCCUAGUGCUGUGUUUGUUAGAGCUGGUGAUGAGGUGGUUCUGCCGUGUUUUGGUCGUGUGGACUGGAUGGAUUCAGAAGCUGAAUUUGUUCAAUGGAAGAGAGGCUGGACGGUUCUAGUGUGGGUCCAGGGUUCUCUACAUGUGGAUCCUCCGUUUGCAGACAGAGUGUUGCUGCCUAAAGAGAGAAUCCUGCAGGAUAACAUCUCUCUGGAGCUGAAGAACACUCGCCAUGAAGACCAGGGACUUUACCUGUGCUUCUUUGUGAAGGACGAAGCCGUCAGACUGGCUGCACAGAUUAAUCUCACUGUUACAGAUCACAUGACUCGGUUGGAGGUGGGGUUUGGUUCCUCGGUGCUCCUCCCCUUCCACACUGAAUCUCCAGUAAUUGUGAGCUUCCUGCCUGAUGGAGGGAAUGGUUCUGUGCGAGUGUGUGAGGUGGAGAAAGAGCAGAUGGAGUGUGGAGCAGCUUAUUCACACCGUACAGAUCUACAGCAGCACUCCCUGGAGCUGAGGAAGCUCUCCAUGGAGGAUUCUGGAACGUUCUCAGUGAUGGAGAGAGAAACACAGCGCACUAUCAGUGUUCUCUUCGUACAGGUGUUCCCUCCAUCUACAGGUAACACUGUGAAACAAGCAGACUCACUAUUGGUCCUAAUUAAAAUAGCACCCCUUUCACUGUUACUGCUGGGUUCCAUGCUCACCAUAAUCGCACAGAUGCGGUGGAGACAAAGGCGUCUCACUGAGGAACAGGACGUUGAAUCCCAGCACUUGAACCACACUAAUGCCACCAGCAGUGAACAUUCUGAUUCCACUGAGAUUCUGUCAUAAUUAGGUCAUGACACGCCCCCCCCCC